AUGCCUCCCAGGAUGAAAAGUUCGAAGGGCGCCGCGUCCAAGCGAGAAGGCAGCAACAACGAAACCAGUAACACCGAGACUAGCAAGAAUGAGAGCCGCAACAGUCGUGGAGGCAUUUCCAAAGAAGCCAGUGUGACGAGAAAGAGGACGCAGAACCGGAUCGCACAACAAUGUCUUCGAGAGCGAAGAGCCGCGAGCAGUCGGCAUGCUGACAGAAUAUUAGACACGAUGGAGAUUGUCGCUGAGCCUGAACAGCUGACGAUGCUGCUCGAAGCGCAGGCAAAGCUCACUAGAGAGAACCAACGGAUGGAGGACGCCCUCUUCCACAUGCGGAAGAAACUGCUUAGUUUGAGUGACGCCGCGGCUACUGCUGCCGAUGACCCUAUAUUUGAGGAGUUUCUUGGGCGCAGGUUAUCGUCGUCGAGCAACUGGUUUUCAGAAACGCAACAAGAGAAUAUGCCUACUAUGUCUAGAGAGUCUCCGAAUCAAAACCAUAUCUCUUUAGCAUCACCUCCACAGGAGACAUAG